GGUUGACAAGAUGGCGUCAGACUUUGUCCAAGCUAUAAACACUUUCAUUUCGUUUUCUUUAGUUUAUUGUUGUUUUGCGCAAAUGCAAACCAGCCAGAGGUAGUUUCUUUAAAGUUCCUUAAUUCUGAACAAGUUAUGUGGAAGAGUGAGGAGGUGGUCUCCAGCAGCGAUGAAAGUUUGGAGGAGGAAGUUUCUCAUGGGGUUCCUGGAGGUUUUGAAACUGCCGCCGGUGCGUGUAAAUUGAAGCCUGUGUUUGAUGACAUUUUCGCUGAUGUUCAAGCUAGUAUUCCUACCUUGGACUUAGAAGAUUCUUCAGAGGUAAGGAAAUAACAAGAGGCAAAAUUGUACUUAAGUUGCUUUCCUUGAAAUUACGUUAAAAAUUGAACCGCCUGAUAGCUUGUGACAAUCUUUGUUGCUUAGGCAACAUGUACACUUACUCUCAAGGUUUAAGUAACAGUCGAUAUCAAACAACUAAGGUUCAAUCACGUCAAAAGAACCUACUCGGUAAGAUUUCCGCACAACGCCAUACAUUUAUUAUGGAUGCAUGUUUCGACUCCAUUGUAUUGACUACAUAUUUGAGUGAAAUAAUAUGAAAUUGCUGCAGGCAAAAAUAAUGUGUUCAACUGCAUGGAAAUUAUGUUUGACUCGUUUUCAAACUGAGAGUAGCCAGCUGAUUUUACUACAGUAGCCGGCAAAAAAAGGUGGUUACACGUUACUAAUGACAACCCUGACCACUGGGUAUCAGGUUUAAAAAGGUGCACAGCGUUGAGAGUCAAAAUGAGAGUCAUUUCAAAUAGAAGUAGCACUUGAUUUCAGGGUCAUCACACAAUAGUCCUUCCCAAAAGAGGAGGAAGGAGCGUUAAGUGAUGACCCUAGAGUGACAUGAAGGAGACUAAAUAGCUUGGGGCUGGAGGAGCAAUCCACUGGGCUAGCAUGUUCCAGUACAAGUAAUUACAAGUUGUCCUAUAGGCAAGCAAAAUAAAGUAAAUGUAAGGGAACAAGGGGUUCACAGGCCUGCAGGACUUCUCCAGGCCACUAAACUUCACCAAUAGCUUCUCCAAAGGGAAGAUGAUUUGUAAAAUUUUCUCUUACCCUGAGAAAAGUUUAAGAAUGGCAAAAAUCAAUAGUAGAUGUCCAUUUUAGAGAGAUGUCAAACUUAUGAGAGGUAAUUGCCUCUUAGAAAAUCAAAUGACUAAAGAAAGGUAGGGAUCAACUCUAGGUGUCUGUUUUAAGAAGGUGUGUCUAGAUCUUUAUCAUAAAAAUGUCUGUUUAUUGACUGUUUUUGUCUUCAACAACACAGUCUCUACAGAAGUGAGGUGAAAAGGAAAGUUUUUAGGAUCCAAUUUAACUUCACAAUAAAAUUGCUUUGCAGGAGAGCAAUGACAGUGAAGAACCAGUCUUGUAUACAAGAAAAGCAUGGCCACUGUCCCCAGAUAUUUUGGCACAAAGUAGCCUUAAAAACAGUGAACAAGUCUCUUCUCCUUUUGCCAAUGCUUCAGACAGUGGUUUGUCCCUUGUCAGCCCUGAUGGACGGAGCAUCUCAUCACUCUCAGAUAGUGAACAGGUUUCUUUUCCUUUAUUUUCUUUUUUGAAAAUUUGGGGGAUGUAAUUAAGAGUUUGAGGUGAUAAGGUUUUAUAACCGAAGGGUAAAGGGGAGGUUAAAAAUUUUUUAGUUUCUUACCAAACUAUGUGGUAAAAUCUUUUGAAAGGUGUGCAAGAUAUUGGUAAUAAUGACCUGCAUUUUUACAAACUAGUUAGGUUAUGGUGGUUGCAAAUAUGCAAUGUCCCUUAAAAAUCUGCUUCUUUGGGUACUCUCCUCCCUACAAUCUUACCUUUUGUAUGUUACAGGUCAAAAUUAAAUGUUUUCACGUACAAAUUUUUAACCUAGGUUGACUCUCAAUUUCCUUUUUCUCCCAGCCCUAAUUCAUGAGGUGAGACGAGCAAAAUUGAGAAUCAACCCAGGUCUGAAUUUAACUGUGAUAUAUAACAUUCAAUGAUGAUACUCCGUGCCCUCCUUGUAAGUUUGGAGUUACUGGCACAAAAAAAGUAUGUGCAUGGGCCUUUGAGUUCAGUACAUUCUCUGCAAAAAAAAACCAUUAUACAUGGUUAUAAGGCUGUCAUGGGAGGUUCCCAAGUUGCCCAUGCCAUCAAUAUUUUUAGGCCAAACUGAAUUCUGGAGGGGCGAGAAAAAUUAUUUUAAUUUGAGGUCAGACCUCCCUUUGCUAAUAGGUAUUGGAUAAGUUGGUCUGGUAUCCCACUGGCUUGUAGAUCUGAAUCUGCCUGUCUGCUGCUCAUAAUCACUGCUCAUGAGUGCGUAAAGUUGUCAUUGUUCUCGAGGAAAGGGUUGGGCAGAAUAACGCCCUUUUUGUCGUUUACUGUUCAUUAUUUCAACAACAAUAAUUGAGCUGUUUUUAUCAGCUCAUUUUCUAUUUUGAGAAAUUCUCAACUUGAAUCUGAUGUUUGCUGUUUGCCGUUUGCCGUAUACUUAAUUCUUAAACUCUCUAUUGUUAGCCAUUUAUUUAAGUUUUCUAACAGUUUAUUCAUUAACUGUCUACUUUAGGAUAGCAUUGAAUUGAUUGACUCUUCACCUGCUACGCUGCCAUCAACUCUAGAAAAAAUGACAGUUCCAGCUGAUACUGACCUGUUUUCUGAAACCUCUAAAUCCAAAGGCAUAUCUCCUGAGACACUUACUCAAGAUGUCAAUAACCCUGAUAAAGUGGAGCUUAGAUUUGAUCUGAUAAAGCACUUGAACCUUGGCGAUUUUCUCCAGCGUACUAAUGAGGUUACUGUCUCGCCAGUAUUUCCACCCACUCUCAGUGACAGUGACGACAGUGAUUCCGAAGGCAGUGGCAACAGCUUAAUGGAAGAGCUUAUAAGACUAAGUAGAAAGCAACAGAAUGAUGCUGCUCCUGAACCCAAUAGUCCCACUGAUCACCUAUCACCACGCAGUUUGGAAAGUGCUGUCCACAAGACGCAUGAUGUCAGUGUGAUGAGUAGUCCAUCUGUGGCCUCUGUAGGAGUCACAGCAUCGUUAGAUCCUUCCACUCAAAGCAGAUCUAAUGACACUGUGUUCCUGGACUUAAGAAGCCUUGAGGAAGAUACUUCUUCACAGGUAGUGAUCAUGACUUUAAAGUUUUAAAAGACUUUCAAGUUUUAAAAGGAAAGUCGCCACCCACCUUCUUGCAAACUCUUCUUAGAUUGAAUCAAAUUUUUAUGACUGUAUAUAAACUCAUGUAAAUAUUUCUUGUUUUAACAGACGUAAAUUUUUUUUUGCCCCAUUGUAAUUUUAUUAUUGUAUAUUACGACAGAAUAGCCCCAUAUAGAGGAGUCAUAAUACAGUGUACCUAUUGAUUGGUCGUAACUUUUAUUAAUGAAUAAUUCAUGAAUUUUACAAGUCUAAAUGAAAAUAAUAUACCAAGGAUUGAAGCUUUCAGCUGCCUAGCACAGUCUUCUUCAGUACGCAAGCUAAGAAUAAGAUCUAGCUGAAGUUGGAUCUUUCUGUAUAUGAUUUACAGUCUUGGUAAAAAUGUGGGUGAACAUUAGGUUUCACCCAAAAACAUGCCAUCUGUGAUCUGACCAUAUAUUUUUCUCAUAAAUGAAUAACUGUUUAUUGAUCUUUUUUCAUAAAGAGUCACCAGACAUUACCAUCUUCAAUAUGCAGGAUACUAGGUAUCAGCAAUGAUUCCACCAAGUAAGUAACUUAAUUUAUUUUUCCAGUUUUAAUUUUUCAGAGUAGAAGGAUCCAAUUUGUCCCCUGGAAAUUUCAAGAUUGUGUUUUCUCAAGCAAUUCCAUUUGCUGCCCUAGGGAUGUCAUUUUUUUAUUUGUUCAGCUUGAUAUUUAAUCAAAAAGAGUGGUCAUUGCAUCGAUUUUUGUAAAGUCUUGUUCGCUAUUAAGCAUUGUUUGGGUUUAGUUCGAGCUAUGUCUUUGAAAUAAGCUGCACUAUUAAGGUAGUUUCAGCUCAUAACAUAGCCUUGACUUUUAUUUAAUCUUCAGUUUGUCAAGCAGCUCCGAUGAGGAAGAAGACCUUCAACAUUGGCAGGAUCAGAGGCGAAAGGCAAAAGAGGCUUCUUUGUCCUGUGCAAGGCAGAAAGAGAGCCACACAAAAAAUUCUGCAGUUAAGCAUCAAAAUGUGGUUGACCAAAGGAAACCAGCCAACAAGGAGAUUUUUGAAAGAUUUCAUGUUAAAAAUGUGCAGCCAAUUUCUGACAAAAGGACUGUUUAUGUGGCUGUUGAAAAUGAAAAGAAGGUGCCGGAGCUUGGAACAUCACAGAAGUCAGAAAAUUUGCCAAAGACACGUGGAUUGUCGAAAGAUGAAAUAGUUCAUGGCACAAAGAAGGCUUGGGUAGAUAAGUCAGAUCUUAAAAAUGACAAACUGCAUGUAGACAAUGCAAUUCUAGACAAGAAAGCGCCAAAGAAUGAUCUUGUUCAUGUUGAGGAACAUGCUCCUUCACCUUUCACAAAAAAUGAAAAUAGGGCGACGGUUGAUAGCAAGGUUAGUCCGAGUCAGAGAAAUGAUUUGAGAACUAUCAAUGACAUUGUCAGGAAGGAUCUGAGCUCAUCAAGGACUCAGGAGUUAAAGAAGGCCAAUGUUACACAUAAACAAGUACUAACAGAGGAGGAGAAGUCAAAAAGGCAGAGACUUCUAAGGAGUCUCCAGAACUUAAAACCUCAGAGAUCUUCCCAUGGGCGCCACCCAGCUGCACCUUUAACACCUGUUCUCUUCCACGAGGUAAUGUAAAUGACUGAUCAGUAUCUAAUUUCACCACCAAUUUUUGUUUUUCACGCCCUAGUUGUGCUGGGACGGAAUAGAAAUUAUUUUACAAAAAACUUUGAUCCACGUGCACGAGUCCACGAGUUGUUGUUUUGCUUCAUAAAGCUACUGAGUUUUAGGCGUUCCCGUUACCGGCGCCAUCGUAGUUUCGUAAGGUCCCUGAUGACUUGGUUAGGAGGAAGUCACUUUUGACAUAACCCGGUUGGGUAGUUCUCCAAAAUCCUGACCCUAAUUCAGACUUAAGAAAUGUUAUUUUCCACACCCGUUUUCAGACCCAGCGUCUUAAAUCCAUAGCUGUUUUCAUACCUGGUGUAGUUAGAAAUUUCUUAGACCAGAGCUCAAUCAAAAAAGGAUUCAUUAUAAUCCAUUUCGAAUUCACAUAUUACUCUUUCUUUCUGAUUCAUUUGGAAUUGAACCGAUAAAUACGUUUAUAAACUCCCGUAGUUUCCUCGAAAACCAUACCCAUUUCCACACCAAAAUGGGCUAAUCUUUAUCCGUUUUCAGACCGAAACGUUGCAAAAACCAUACCCUUUGGGGCGGCACAUACCUGUAUGGCUUAUAUAAGGGAGUCCCCCCCCCCAAACCCCGGGUGACUUAAGUGCUUGGGCAACCCUGACAUGCGUGGCUUAAGUGGGGACUUUCAGGGGAAUUUUCAGAUGAAGAUGUCUGAGAUUUACCCUAAUGAGAACAAACCAAAUACUGUCAUUUGUCUCUAACCCACUGCUAAUCACGAUACCUAUAAUUCAAUAAACGUUGCUUUGGCAAUAGGUCAUUGGCCAUUGGGCUUUAAGCAUUUGGGCAGAUAGAAUUCACUGCAAUGACCUGCUUACAAUGUACAUGAAAGAGACCAGCAAACAAUAGCUUCGCAGUGCCGCAAUUCCUAAUGCCCAAAGCAACCUUCCUUGAAUCAGUGUGGUUGAAUCCUUCAACUCUUUAAGUCCCAAUAUCAACAUACAAAUUCUCCAAACUGGUCUCCAUACAUUUCCUUUAAGAAUUAGUUGAGAGAAUUUAAUAUAAGAUUGAGGCAUUUUCUCUUUCGUAAUCUUUGUUAAUUCUCAUAACCUUAUCUCUUGGCAAUGCAUGGAUAUUGGUAGGAGAAAAUUGAUGUUGAUCACUAUUGGGACUUAAAGGGUUAAGAUCCCUUUCAAUCAGUAAUAUUUGCACUGUCAUUCUCUGUUCUCAGGAAGCGUCAUACGAGAAUGAUGUUAUCAGUUUACCAGAUUAUGAAGCAAAUACUUCUUAUCUACUGUUAAGCACCAAACUAUCAAGCUGCGGAGAGCUGUCUGUCAUCCGCCAGGGAACCAGAGGAGCGACUACUCCGGAUACACACUGCUUCUCACACCUUGUAGCCUUUCUGGCCUGUUUAGUAACUCCCAGUGUGAACACUACAGAUUAUGCUGAGGUGUGUGAUGCACCGUUCUAUGUCGUAGGCUUCCAGCAAAGCUGGCAUGAAGGACAGCUCAAGAUUGAUAUUGGGAUUUGCAGUCGUGCUGAGAUAGGGCAAAACCAAAAGAAAUCCAAAGCAAGCAACUCUUUUAGACAGGCUGUUAGCAAGUUUCUCUCUACCAAUUCACUACACACUGUCUUUGCUCGCUUUUCUGAAUUCACGCCUAUUCCCGAAUACCUCACAGAGAUAAUGACAAGCAAGAGGAAUUUGUCCACCCUGCUAACUGUGAACUCGGACCCAGAGGCCGUGCACCGUGUGUUUGGAGCCAAGCCCGGAUUCUUCUGGCAGACAAUGGAGUUGGAAGAUUACCCGACUGAAGAGAAAACCGGAGGUAAAAUUUGCCAGGGACCUGAGAUUCAGAACACGGUGAUGCUGCUACAACAUGCGGUGUUUCAUUCGCCGUUCUGUUUGGUUGAUGUGCUGAUGCGCGCACGCAACAAGGCUAUGGAUAUUUCUGGUCUAAGGCUGGCUUACCACAGAGAAUAUCCCAAGGAAAAAUCAGGUAUAAAUCGACGGUAGACUUUGUCUUUGUGUGCACCACAUUUUCUCGAUUAAACCGACUUAGACUGCUUUCCAUUCAGCAAAUGUUGAAGGAAAUUAUUGCGUAUUUGACGUUCGUUUUGCCGUCGCCGUCGUCGUUGCUAAAGCAAAGGAAAGUCAGUUUCAAGUAAAUUAGAAAUAAACGUUAGAUUAAAAUAUACGGUAGAUAUUCCAUGGAAGCGAUCCCUUGUUUGCAGUUGAUCAGCCUCUGGAACGAGGGAGUUUCUUAUGACCUUAAAUUGAUUUUUGCCUGAACAAGUCUAACACAGUCAUACUGUAAGGAAGCAAUUAAAUAGAUUAGCGAACAGAGGAUAAGAGAAAUUUUAGUAAACUUCAGAUAUAACACGCUCUCCUGUGUGCUUUACAACACAACAUAGCAACGUCAAUAAGUUAAUUAAGGGCUCCUUUUUUUCACAGCGAAUGAGUCUCCACUUCCGAUCUCAUUGCUACCUGAACAAACGCCAGCCGAGAUUUCCGUCUUGGUGAUUGCACUUCGUGGUACCCAGGCCAUCUCAAGGUGGCAGGACGAGGUAGGUCCUGUGGAUGCUAAACUCGCACAACGAACGGACCCCAACUCAUUACGAGCCCUGUACAGCAACGGAGCAAAGGCAGACCACUUAUUUUGGUGCCCAAGAAAUUCGCAGAGUGCGGGGACCUCUCUAGCACGAUGGUUUGGAGGUCGGGUCCCGGAAAGUGGUGUUGUAAACAUCGGGUCUAAUGACCCUUUGGAGGUGCAUGAUAAGAAAAAUAAAGUUUCGCCUAGUGGAAAGGGACGGAAUGCUGCCAAAGCCCAGGAACUUCUUACGAGUUCCCUUUACACCACUUGCAGACCGCCACCGCACUUUUUGACCGCAGUCAUUGACACACGCAUUUUCUUCGUCCUUUCACCGGCUGUUCCCGUUAGGUAUCUAGGAAAGGUGCUCUGCAUGUGCUUUGAAAAAGGCUUUAGUCCUCAAGGAAUCAAACGCUUGCGAUUAAAUCCCAAUCACCUUGCCGGAUUGGGUCUUGCACCUGAAAUUUUGUCUGCGUUUUGUCCCAGACGUGAAAAACAAUCGAAUGGCGUCUUUAAGACACCUUCACCAGUGGCAUCUACAAUUCUCUUACUCAGUCGUGAAAACGCAAUUCAUCAUGCCAUGUCAGUUCUCAAACCACUUGCAGACUCCAUCGGAUUGCCUCAGUCGAGUUUUCUCUGCGUGCCUUAUACUGACUCCAUGUUCAAACACCUUGGCGGUGAUUUUUCGCAUUGUCCGGACCCAGCUGCCUACCCUGUGGAUCUUCUGAGGCAUGCUUUUCACUCAAAUCCUGAACUAGAGCAAGUCUGCGUUGUAACGCUGUUGAAGGAGAAAGCUACCAUCUCUGCUGGAGAGGUUCUUAGUGAGCUUCUUCUAGAAAGAGAAGGGGUAGAGGCUACGAAAGAAAAGUUGUCUUCCAGGUGUGGAUUUGAACUUUUAGGGCUCAAACUUCUCCCUUCGCUAUCCAUGCAUCAGGCUAAAGAGGUUACCCCCUGUAAAAUUGGUGACGCGUUGUGGAAAAGAAGCCUCCAAAGCCUGACAUCGGGCCCUGCGUUGGUCUUAGCUCUGAGAGGAGUCGAUGCUUUUGUGCGACUGCAACGCUUUGUAAAAUCGCAUUCAGAUCUGACCAAAGCAAAACUUUCUAAAGACAUCAUUUCUCAGGAAAUGCUAAUGUCCUGCACGCCUGAACUGGCUUGCCGGCAGCUGUCAGUCGUUUUCUUUGACAGGGAAUUGUUCUCCGACCAAUCAGCGCGUAGGAACCUUCACCUCCUGCCCCCACCCCGGAGAGUAGUAAGAAGUGGUUCUAGUGGUAGCAGUGAGUCCCUGAAUGAAGCCGACGGUUCUAGGAAACAGAGAAACCGGAAAAUGGGUCUCAGCAAGUCACCAUUGAAGGCCUCUCUUGGCAGUGUGGAGACGCUAAGAUAUGAGGAUAUGCCAGUACUCCAGAGCUUGCUGGAAAAACCCCGCGUUAUACCCACAGUAUGUAUUCUGAAGCCAGGCAUCGCGUCUAAGCAUCUUGGCAAAGUGCUCAAGCGCCUUGGUCAGGAGGGAUUCUCUGUGGCUGGCAUGAAAAUGAUGAUCCUGUCGUCUGUAGACGCAUCCACUUUGAUGGCUAAUCAGGUGAGAAUGGACUGACAAAAUUUCCUCUUAUUUCUAUACGAAACAUCACCAGGAGUGGGCGAUUUCUUUGCAAAGCAAUUUUAUAAACGUUAUGGAGAUAGUUUAUUGUUCGUUAAGCGGUUUAGUUGACCUUUUGAAAACUUAGAUACAAGAAAAGGAAAACUGUGUAAAGAUGCAACAUGUUGUGGUUGUCAUGCGUUUGGGUAUGGAGUGAAAGCUCAACUGAACUACACUGUCGGUCACAACAAAGAGACUUCUCAAAACACGCAGUAGACGAGGUCUUUGUACGAGUACACGUACUACACCCUACCCCCCCUUCCCUCUUUCCCAUUGUUGGUUCCACAAGAGUAUUUAGGCUUCAACUUCUUGAAAAUCAUCGCUGAAUGAGACAGAAGAGGAAGAAAUCAGCAAGCUUUAUCAUAUUUUGUAUUUAGAUUUUGGCUUAUUUUUUCGAUAGUUGCAAAAGAUGGGAAAUUUUGGUAAUAUGGAUCUCACCAUAGAUCACCAGAGUUUAUAUUUCCGUUUGGUCGAACAUUUACUGUUCUACCAAAACAAUGCAACCUUGUCCCCAGGGCUACUCGGCUGCCCUCCCCUUUUCUGGUGAUUAUUCUGUACUAGUGACGUCAUUUUCCGAGUAUCGCAAACGUCUUCCAAAUUUGGUCAAGCUAUCAGGUUAUGAAGAAUGAGUCGUGGGAUGUGAGCCAAUCAGAAACGGAGAAAUAUUUUGAAUGAAUAAUAAUGUACCCUAUCAUUCCCUCGCCCUUUUGAUGUGGCAUUGCAGGAGAAAGACCUUCAGCGUCAUGUUAGUCACAUGAAUUCCGGUCCUGUCUUGGCGCUCUGUCUUCAGCGUGAAAAUGCUGUGGGGCGUCUUCAAGAGGUACUGGGGCCCAGUGAUGCUCGUCUGGCAAAGCGACAGUCUCAGUUCUUUCUGCGAGGUUCAUUUGGAGAGGAUUCUGUUCGAAAUGCCUUUUACGGUACGUGACAGAAAAUGGGGAAAAUUUUAAGCUGAUUUUUCUUUGCUAAAAGAUUUAAUAGUGAGCUUAAGCAAAGACGUCAACCGGAAGUGGUCUUUUUUUCAUUUUUGGACGGUGCUUUUGCCCAAAUAUUUGGACAAAUUGUCUCUGUGAUAGUAAAGACACUUGGAAAUACAUACUUGGUGGCGUCAAGGUACCUUAAACUGAAAAAGACCUCACUUCCAGUUGACGUGCGUCGCUCAAAAACGCCUUUGCUUAAGCUCCGUAUUAUCUGUUUCUGUCACCCUUUGUCACGCAUAGAGUCUUAAUUCUCUCAUCAGUAAUAUUCAGAAUCUACAAUCUUGGAUAAAAAGUGUUAAAAAUUUUACACUUUGUUACUCAGAGGGCGUCCAUCCCGCCGAUUUUGUCCCAUAACGACCCGUUCCCUCACCCCACCUUGGUAAAUGUUGUUCAGUUGGGUGGGGGGAAAAUGAUCUAGCGGGACUUUGUUUCUUUGGGAAUUGGGGGAAAAAUUUAAAAUUUCCAGUCACUAGACAUGGCAACCUCCAUACUUUGUAACAUAUUUGUUCAAGAUUGUACCUUUAUAUGGCAAUCUUAGUCAUAGCUGAAAUGAUAGCCAGUCUUUCACCUAGUAUUUGAUUUGCUCGACCUCAGUCAUAAUCUCUGAAACAAAAAACAACAGCAACAACAACAAAAAAAAACUAAAAUAGGAGUUUCCGAACCUUGAAUGCACUUGUUUACCAGUCUACUCAUCAUAUUUGAAGGUUUUUCCAUACUCAUAAUUUCUUACACGGUCACUUUAUCUCAGGAUCUGCUACAUACGAGGAAGCCAUCCGAGAUGUGAAGCUUCUGUUUGCUGAAGGCGUUUGCUGUCCACCUUCCAUCGACCUCAAGGCAGAAAAGGUAUGUCAGUAAGAAAAAACCAAAAAAAGAAUUCAACAAAAUGGUUAGAAAGCAGCAACUCCGUGAUUUCCGCGCUAUGGCCAGUACCUGCGCAUGCGCAGAGUUAUAUCUGGAGCAAUGGCAAUCUUGUCUCCAGAGCCUCUGUUACUUUUGUCCAGCGGAGGAUCGCGACCUCUGGGAACGAGAUUGGAGCAGUGAAAGCCAUACCGCAGAUAGCAGAGAUUUUACUUUUAUGUCGGUCAGUCAGUUCGCUUCAGUUAAUCGCAAUCGCCGUCUAGUAGCUGUUUUUAUUGAUCAGUUUACUGUAAGUACUUUCCAAGUACCUUUUUAUGUUAACGUUGGCCAGACAGAUUGCACAUCAACAAAUCGUGUCAGCUGUCGUGUAUUCAGUAGAAGAAGAAAAUAGUUACAGGAAGCCAAAUAUAUUGUCACGGAUUGUGCAAACAAAAAUUCCCAUGUCAGUAUAGUUCGCAGAAUAAAAGCCACAAUAAUCUAGGAUUACUUUUAAAUUUCAUGCAUGUUCAACGGUUUUAAUUUCUGCUUCUAGAUCCCAUGCCUCGCACUGGACGAUAUUUUCAGCGUCACAGCCAAGAGAGAGCUGGUGAAGCUAACCGCUGAAGAACAAGCCAAAGUCGAUACUGGCCCAGGAAUGACGUUAUUACCAAGUUCCUUGCUCGAGAUCAACUGUUUAUUAUUACUGCCGCAAAUGCUCGAUUGCCGAGCUCAGCAUAGCAGUCGGCGGGGAGCUGGUAUCAACUAUGCAGAGAUCAUAGAAGCGCUACUUACCGCUGGCUUUCAUUUCAUUGGGCUCAGAUUGCUGCUGCUUGGAGUGGCCGAGGCCGCAGACUGUGCGAAGUUGUACAGCGGUUGUUUGCCUGCUGGUUGGAAAGCUCAUCACCUAGUAAGGGCGUAGCCUCUUGUGUUCAUCUCAGUGAAGUGCCUUGAGGUUUAAGUAAUCUGGGUUGUAGGCAUACCGCUAAUAGGCAGAUUUAGCAAAAAUAACGCGACGGCAGUGACCACGGCGCGCGCAAAUAUAAUAAAACAACUGGCUUGACCAAUUGCAGAGCCUCCAAUUGGGCACCGCAAGUCGCGUUCAAUCCUUUUCGCGCGCUUUCCUGUCGUCAACUUAUGUUCCGGUUCUGUUUCUAAAUCAGCCUAAUGUAAUUUUUAACUUUAAAUUUUAGAAUAACCAAAGCAUUCCCCAUUCGACUUAAGAAAAGAAAAGGGGACUCUAGCCGAAACGUAUCCCGCAAUGGUUUCUGGGAUCGUUACUGAUGACGCGCCGGUCAGCUAUUGGCCAAUUUUUCCCUGUCCCUAGUAACAGUCCCAGAAGUCUUUGCGAAAGUUAACUCGUCCCAGUUUCCUUCUCGUUUCUAAUGUGGCGAAUUGCAGCAACAUCGACCCCAGGGCGCCUUUCCCUGACUUUGGAAAAGCGUCCAGGGGACGAGGUUGGAAUUGCAGCAUUUCGUUUCAGAGACAUAACACGAUUAUUGAUGGACAGUUUCAUACAAAUCACUGUGUUUGGUCAGCCCAAGCCUCUAGCUGAUGCCUUUCUUCAUAGGAAUGCCGAAAAGAUCUAGCACUUUAAUUCAAUGCACAACAAUUUCACAACUGUGAUUGACGAUGUUAUUGCCUAACAUCGUAAGCAUAGGCACAAGUAACACGUGCGUCGCAGUAACUUGCUAAAUACAGUAAUCGGUGGUUUUUGUCCUAAUAACAUGACUAGCAGUUGUCUGUGCCUGGGUUUUUGCUCCACUUGUACUUGCAUUGUAGAUGUAAAACAAGGCUUUACUACUUGCAAAUCAUUGUAGUUAAGAAUUAGUGAGCUCUCGGUGACGGACGGGUUUGAUUUCUCAGUCACACUAAUUCACCUUCCAUUUAAUGACAGGUGAAUGUUGUGUGAUCGCAGAAGUCAAGUCACUAAACAUAAUCUUCAAUCAAAGCACUGCAUUUUUAGAUGUCGUUUUUUGUCAAGGAACCUGUGAGAGAAUUAAUUGGGAUAACGUUAACAAAUUCAUCACUAUUGGCACUUUUUAGGCAAUUUCAGUCCAUAACGGCUCAAUCACAUAUAAUAGCUGUUUUGGAUCAGUACAGCUUUUCAUAGAGUGUUUUCGUAUGACGUCACGGCGGCCAUAUUGGUGUCCCAAAACAAUGAAACGGCGGCCAUGUUGGUGUCCUAAACCAGUCCUGUGGGAGUUGAACUCUUUACUUAUACAAACGCUUUCUUUUGUUCCAAUAAAUUUGCAUAGAUGCUGGCCAUGUGAAUAAUAAAAAUUCUCUAUAGACCAUGGACAGCCUUUUUCGUUCGGUAAUCACGUGAUAGACUCGUGACGGUACGGCCUUACGUGCACAGACUCUGGGGGAUGGGAAGGGGAAGAAGGAGCCUCUGGACAGGAGGGGAGGGGAGCGCUUGGCAUGAAACCUGAACAUCAAAAUAAGUACUUGAAACCGUAGGAAAUCACAAAAAGAAGCACAGAAAAGCUAAAAAGUAGGAAGGAUAGGCAAACUUAAGAAUUUAAAACUGAUUAUUUCCAGAUAAACUUUAAAAACAGUGAACCAACUUUUUUUCUCAGUUUGUAUCCUUGGGUGACUCAAAAGGCUCCGUCAUUCAUAUAUGUUUGUUAUCAGUGUUAUGAGGCAAUGAUUUUGUCAAUAGGGAGCAUAAACAAACAUGAAGAAGUUUUUGAGCGACGCACGUCGAUCAACCGGAAGUGGACUUUUGUCAUUCAUGGUUUUGCCCAAAAAUUGCGUCCGGCAAAUCGUCUCUGUAAGAGUAAAGAAACUUAGUAAUACAAAUUUAUUAGCGUCAAGGGAUAUUUAAAAACUUAAAAUGCAUCACUUCCGGUAGACGUGCUUCACUCAAAAACACCUUUACUUUAAUCAGCUCUCUUAUAGAAGGCGUUUCUCUUUUAAAACCAUUUGUAGUUUAACUCUCGCAGAGAAAAAAAUAUAAUUAGGCGAAGCAUUGAAAAUACCAUCACCCAACCCGUUUAAAGGCCUUGUAUCGCUGCUUAAUGACUUGACAAACUAUACCGCCUCUUAAUAUUGAGGUUACUCUUGUGUGCACGCAUAUUUGCCAUCUCGGAAAUUACUUUCCUCGUUAACCUGAAGCAUUCGCUGUUAUUUCCUGCCACAGACAAUAUGAAUUCUGCAGUUCAGCAUCGUUGUAGUGCAGUUCCACUUAUUCUAAGACACGUCAAUGCCCAUAUGGAUUUUACAGCAAUGGAAAUGUAGCCCUCCCCUUUUUCCCUUCCUCCCUAUCCCCUAUUCCCUACCCCUUUCGACGCCUGCUACGCAGGCUAUGGAAAUGGCGCUAUAGAAAUAACUGUUAUUAUUAUUUUUAUUAUUAGUUGUUCAUCACUUUGGUAUAUUUAUGUAUUUUUUCAUUUUAAAAUGCUAAGUUAGCUCUCAGUUAGGCGAUAGAGCGAUCUUAGUAUUUCCUUGAAAAAUGGUUUCGGUAAGUGUUUGUUAUUUGUUUUAUCAGCCAAUGGAUGAAAAGAACAAAACAUGGACUCUUCGUUUUCACGCCUAAGAAAACCCUAAUAUGGAGAAGGCAUUGUUCGAUUGACCAAUCGUGUUACAGUAUGACGUCGAAGCGAUUUCUAGAAAGUUCUUCGGGCAUGAUGUUUUUUCAGCCGAGCGUUCGCUUAACGUGUGUUUUAGUCUGCUACACAGCCGUUUUUAGUGUCGUCACGCAAAGCUCCUCCCCACAAAGUGGGGAGGAGCGUUGCGUGACGACUCUAAAAACGGCUGUGUAGCAGACUACGUGUGUUUGUGUCCGUUCGAUAAAAAACAAUCAAAUCGCUUUAUUUCCGUCCUCUUGUUGUUUCUGUUUUGUUCGCGCGUUUUCAUUUCAAGGUUAUACGAAAAUCGCUCUAGCUCUGAAGAUGAUAGUGGCACUCAAAACGUGGUCAGAAGUAAGGCCUCAGGUCUUUCUGCAGAAAACCAGUGAACGAACGAACGAACGAACGAGCGAACGAACCCCAAAAGACGUCUGCGGGGAGGCUAGGUUAUCUGCGGUAAUUUGCGUUGCUACUCUUGCACCUAAUUUCCCUCCUUUUUUUUCUUUUCAAAGCAUGGCAUUUUAAACUUUGUUCUAAUUACAUUAAAGAUAUCAAUAUCAAUGUCUCUAUUUUUUUGUAAAUUAGGCUGCUCAACUUUCCAAGACGCCUUGUAUUGUCAUGGCUGUGUUACGUGACGGUGCUGUCACAUGUUAUGAUACACUGUGUGACAGGUGAGUGUAUUUAUAAUAAAAAGAUGGAGGAAGAUACUAACGCAGGGUAACUGUGAUUAAAAUGUUAUAUUAAUUUGUUAACCUAGUAUAAGCACUCAGGAGUUCUUAAAAAUGAGAAGUGUUUGUGCGUUCAAAAUCGAUGGAAGGGUUGGUUCAUGGUUUAUUAAGUAGUGCGCACGCGUGAAGCGUCAUUUUGGCGAGAAAAGUGGUAGCCCUCGGCAUUCUACUACGGGUUUCGGAACUAAGUUAUCAAAUUUUAGAAGUUCCUCGUUUAAUAAAAAUAACUGCGCAACUGCAACAACAAUAACAAACAAAAGAAGUAAACAGAGACUUAAUAAACUUAACACUUUUACUAAAACACGCCCUAUUUUUAUUAUAAUUGCAGCUCUCCAAAAUUGAAAAAGUCCGGAAAUUACAUGUUGGCAGGGAGGACGCUUAAAGAGGUAAUCUUAAAAGUUCCAGAUGACCAACUCCGAUUAGUGCUUGCUCGCACUUGCUGUCAGAGUUUCUUCCCUUUUUGCGAGAGAAGUGCGAAUGCCCGUUGUGUUUGUUUUCAUUUGUUAUGAGCAACUGAUGUUACAAAUUAGUAUGAGGGACUAAACUGAAGAAUACUAGAAUGGUACAAAGGAAAGGGCUAGUCGGCGAGGCUAGUGAAAGGACUGAGAUACCAGAUGGUUAUCAUGAGCAGAGCAUGAUACAUCACUGCGGGCCCAAGACUGGGAAAGGCAUCUAAAUCUUUUUACUUAGAAUAACGAGAAUGUUCAAAGUUACAUACAUAGAUACAUAAGUAUUUUAUUGGCUUGUCCCCACAGGGCUUUUCAGAGUCAAUGUUAUAAUAAUAAUUUUUAAAAAAACACAGUUACACAGAAAGCUAAAACCACGAAAAAUAAUUAACUAAACUAGGAGACGUCGGAAGUAGUUUCUUGAUCAGUGGGCGGGAAUAAUUCUUUUGAUUGUCAGUUCGACGUUCAUGGAGAUGUAUAUUCCGGACAGUCUCUCAGAGUAUACACUCACGUCCUUGGCGGUUGGUUGCGUAUUAAUCUCGGACUUCCGUUAAUACCUUAUAGUGGGAGGUAUUUAAAGUUUCACCAUACAGCUUCACCAAAUCCUCUAAAAUCCUUCCGCCCUUAUAUUGUGUGAUGCUGGUGCGAUUCGUUAAUGUAACGUUUGAAUUUGUGAACGAAAUUCUAUGGUGCUCAGUACGUACCAUUUAAAUGAAACCUUUUCGUUAGAACUUUGGUAUAGUGCUAUUUUUUCGAAGAGCUUCUUAGGAUGUUACAAAACAAAUGUAAGUUGUCAUUUUUUUUCUCAUUUUGGCCAAUGUUAAAAGAGGAAGGGUUAAACAGACAGAUAAGAGGUUUGGACUUCCCGCCCCCCACCCAUUAAAACAGGGAACAUUAUGAAAAGGUGUCCAUAUCACAGAGGUAUCCGCUAGGAAAGUUUCAAUUACCCUUAAAUACAGCGGUAUCAGUGGGUGUGUCGCUCAUUAUUCAGCCUAUGUUCCCGUUGUUUGAUUUUCAGCAGCUGUGAAACUUGUUAGGGGCAUUUGUUGGCUUCUUGCCUUUUUAAGGCGUUACGUUCUAUGAAUUGUUCUAUGAAUUACUACUCAAGUUAAAUUCCAUUCGUUCUUUAGCUAUUAGUAUAGGUAAUAGCAUGAUUUGUAGUGAUAUUUGGCAUAAAUACCACGAGUGAUAUUUCAAAAUUGUUAUACGUAAUUUCACAAGCCGUUAGGCGAAUGAAAUUUGAGACAAUUUUGAAAUAUCACGAGUGGUAUUUCUGCCAAAUAUCAGGUACAAAUCAUGCUAUUAUUUGUUUAUACUACUACCCACAAAAGGUUUGUAAUUUUCACAUGUAGGUAUUUCAAAUUAAGCUGAAAUACUACUGCUCUAAGCCAAUCAAAUUGUAGAAAUUUCUCAUGUAGUAGUAUAAUUGUUUUUGUAUACUCAAACGGAUAAAAUUUCGUAUUUGCCAGACCGAAACAGAAAAAUUUCAUCUGAAACACAGCUGCGCUAUUGUCAGUUUAGGAAACAUUUGAAAUUGCUACGAAAGGCACUUUUUUGCGUUGAAAAAUUCCGCAAAGUUUCCUUUAUAUUUCUCCUUCUCUAUAGGGUAUAACCACUUGAGAAUGUUUUUGUUUUUCACAAAAUUUAAGAGUUCUCCACCAAAAUCUCGGAAAAUGUGUGGUGGAAAAUAGAUCAAGGUUUUAACAUUAAGACCUUUUUUAGCCUGCUAGCCAAUAUUAUAGACAGCAAAAUCUUGUCUUGCUUCACCCGAUAAGUUUUGCCGAGCUUAGCAACUUUCUAAAUGGGCGUCUUAGGUUACUUACACUACGUUAGGUAUUUUAACCCAUAACUUACUGUCAGACUUGGCUUCAAUGAAUUUAAUUUUCGUAUAUCAUUGAUUGCGUGUAAAGUUUCCACCUUACGUUUUCGAGCUGUCCUUCCCUUUCAGCAUCCUUCUGAAUGGCUGCUUUAAAUAAUGCUUUUUUUCUAACUUAGACUUUGCUUUAAUAGCUUUAAUUUCGUGGAUCAGGAUGCGUCUUUCUAUGUCUUCCGCCUUUAGUGUGGUCAUAUUCUCACAUAUACGGAGCACCCUAUUUCUGAACCAGAAACUGAAAUUACUCUCUCUAGUAAAAAAAUCGUGUUGAAGCAUUCUAAUGGCUUUGAUGAAAGGAAUUGGCAGCAACUUUUUUACAUAACCAAAUUUACUGUGGAAUGCAACCAAUUAAACGCACCCUUAUUUGAAUCGCGAGAUAUGCCAAAAAAUACUGCGCCUUUGAUUAGAACAAGUUAAAUAUGAUGGCUCUAACCUAUGCGUUCUUUUUUUUUCACAGGCCGAGCGAAUGACAGAAUGCUUUUUCGAGAUGUUAAUUCCCAACCGAAAAGCGCGGAUAACAUGA